UUUCUCCAGCUUAACCUCUCCCCAACGACUCACGUUAAACCCUACCACCAUAGAGACCUCGACUUCUGCUCCUGCUCACUGUGCUUCGAUUGCUUCUGCUCCAUCGUUCUUCACACAGGUGGAGGUUUUAAUAUUUCCACUCCCAAACCACAAAAUGGGAGGUCCAACGUCUACUGACUUUUGCUACAAAUGUUAAAUAGGGUUGCUGUUUGAAGCAAAGAAUGGCUAGAGUUAUAGAGAAGUUCUUCAUAACAUCUAUGUUGAUGUGGGCGGUCCCAAUUGCAAUCUUGUAUGCCUUCAAUAACAAUUUAUUUCCCGGUAUUGCCGAUAUGUCUCCAUAUUCCUUGACACUUUUGAGCGGGUUUCUCGCGGUUGUAUCCGUCAAUGUCGUAAUUGCAUUCUACAUAUAUCUUGCUAUGAGAGAGCCCUCGGAGAAACACGAGCCUGAUCCCAAGUUUGUUUCGGAAGCUGAGGCAAGUGUUAAACAUUUGGUACCAAACGAAACACCGGAAAGUUCUUCGGCCCGUAAGAAAGAGGAGUAAAGAGUCAUAGAUUUGGUUGGGUUUUUUCACACUGUUGAUUUUGCAGGCGCCCUUCGGUUGUACUCGUAUUUAACGCGUUCUUGUACAUUUUUAUUUGUCAUGCCAUGAAACCUUAAAAGGGAAUCGUUUCUUAGUAAUUUCUUAUCGGAUUUCAUUUACCCUUCGGGUGUUAUGUGCAAGUCUUUCAAGAGCUUUGGUC